CGCUUUUUGGAACUGCGAAAGCAAGCCGCCCUGUCACCGCAGUGUAUUCUGGGUACCCACAGUAGAUUCAAGAUGGCGGCGAGCAGGAGACUGCACAAGGAACUUGAAGAGAUUCGCAAGUCUGGAAUGAAAAACUUCCGAAACAUUCAAGUGGAUGAAUCCAACAUACUGACCUGGCAAGGUCUCAUUGUCCCUGACAACGCUCCUUAUGACAAGGGAGCUUUCAGGAUUGAAUUAAUCUUCCCCGCUGAGUACCCCUUCAAGCCCCCCAAGAUCACGUUCAAGACGAAGAUCUACCACCCCAACAUCGACGAGAAGGGACAGGUGUGUCUGCCUGUCAUCAGCGCAGAGAACUGGAAGCCAGCCACCAAAACGGACCAAGUAAUUCAGUCCCUGAUUGCGUUGGUGAACGACCCCCAGCCAGAGCACCCCCUGAGGGCAGACUUAGCAGAAGAAUACUCAAAGGACCGGAAAAAAUUCUUUAAGAACGCAGAAGAGUUUACAAAGAAACAUGGAGAAAAGAGACCAAUGGACUGAUCACCUGACCAGUGUGUAGCCCUUUCUCUCUCCCUUCCUCACCCCCACAACCAAAUGUAUGUCUUCUUUUCCCUUCUCUCUGUACCUUCCCCCACUCUCUCUUCCCCAUCUCCCCACACAUCCUCUCCUCCAUUCUUUCCUCACACAUACAUGUCAUCCUAGCAGCCCAGGAGCAGCCUCGCUCCGGCGCCUGGCUGCAGCCUCGCCCCAGCCUACCCUUUACGCAGGACCCUGGAUCAGACAGGUUUCUCCUCCUGGUGAGAGUUGGAGGCCGUUACUAACUUUCUACUAUUUUCUUAAAUUAACAUGAAAAAGACAGGAAAACAUAAAUGGUUAGAGUACUUCCAUGUUAAAGAUGGUGAACUAAGGAGGGGGGGGGGGGAGUAGAAGGAAAUGAUAAAAAAAAAAAAAUCCUGUGUUUUUAGUUUUGCUGUUUGUUUAAAAAGAGGAAGAACAAGAAAUUACAGCUUGAGUACCGUAUGCAUCUUGUGGUAGCACUAAUUUGUGGAAGGAGAUUUUUUCUGACAGAGAAUGAAAAGUUGUGGUUCUGCUUUUCUUAUUUUCUGUUUCCUGUUCUCUAGUCUCACCCUGGUCUGUCACACCCCAAAAUGAAAUGUUAGCUAGGCCCUGGAAGUAUGUGCUGAAAUGUUUUCCUUUUGACUUCUCUGCUUCUGUAGUUGCACUGUAUUCUGUGGAACAAGCCCUCAUCGUUGUCCAUCCACUCAGUUUGGAGCCAGUCCACUGAGCAGACUGAAACAAAAUGGCAACCGAUUUAAUAAGCCAAUAUUGUCAUCAGUUACAAGUGUAAUUGACUGGUUGAUAAUUGUCUCUGUUUUAUUCUCCCCGUUGGUCCAAAAUGACUUUUUAGGAUUGGAAAACGGAAGAGUACUCAUAAUGUACUUCAGUUUCCAUUAUUUUCUGUUUUAUGAGGAUGCUCCUCUUUGCAUUGGACAUAUUUUCUCCAUUUGUAUUCUGAGACCUCCUUCUGAACCAAAAGCAUUUAUCUCCCUCUGUGUUUUAUAAGGCGGCUGUAUACCCCACCCACUGCAGUCUGCUCAAGACAAAGUGGGAAGUGAAAACAGUAGUUCUGACUCCUCACAUUUAGCUGUACGUCUACUAUCCAGUCUGUUGGCUGUAAGUCUACUCUCCAGUCAGCUCAUCGUCACUCCCACCCGUAUGGUCAAACGGAACAUACACAUUUCAAAAUCGGAACCCCACCGCCUUUCUCUCGACAUAAAUAUAAUCUUGUCACCGUGAACCAAAUCUUAUUUGUCAUCACGAGAGACUAACACACGUAUAUAUGUAUAUCUGAGUGGCCGAUAUAGCCACUGGAACAGAACAGCCCCCCCCCCCAAGGUCUUAGUGAAGGGUCAGACCUGAUUGGGGCAACGCCAGGGGACUGAAGUUGAGUCCAAAAUGACACCCUAUUCCCUUUAUAGGGUUCUGGCCAAAUUGUAGGGCACUUAUGUGCUGUGUUCAUACACAGUGCGCUAUAUAGGAAAUAGGGCUCUGGUCUAAAGUAGUGCACUAUAUAGGGCUCUGGUCUAAAGUAGUGCACUAUAUAGGGUUCUGGUCUACAGUAGUACACUAUAUAGGGAAUAGGGCUCUGGUCUAUAGUAGUGCACUAUAUAGGGAAUAGGGCUCUGGUCUAUAGUAGUGCACUAUAUAGGGAAUAGGGUGCCAUUGUUUAACACAGACUUAUUUUACCUCACAGUGACAGUGGUCCUAUGUAACAGGUACCUUACACUGAGCUGGGAGAGGUCUGUCUGCCAGUAGGUUGUAACAGCUGUGUGAUUCAGUCCAAUGUUUCAUAAUAAAGAUGGCUAACCAUUUGG